AACAUGGCGCCUCCCGCUCGGUACUGUGUCCCCGGCGAGCGGCUGUGCAGCGCGGAGGAAGCCACGGCUGGCAGCGGGACUUACACCCGGCACGGCUUCAUCUUCUCCUCGCUGGCUGGCUGCCUGGAGAAGAGGAGCGAGGACAGCGGACUGCCUGUCGUGUCGGUGGUGAGAGACGCCGAGUCCCAGCUCCUGCCUGAUGUGGGGGCUGUGGUGACAUGCAAGGUUUGCAGCAUUAACUCCCGCUUUGCCAAGGUGCACAUCCUGUAUGUUGGCUCCACACCAUUGAAGUCCACCUUCCGGGGGACCAUACGGAGAGAAGAUAUUCGAGCCACGGAGAAGGAUAAGGUAGAAGUGUACAAGAGUUUCCGCCCCGGUGACAUAGUCCUGGCGAAAGUCAUCUCGCUGGGGGACGCGCAGUCCAACUACCUGCUGAGCACGGCAGAGAACGAGCUGGGCGUGGUGGUGGCGCGCAGCGAGGCAGGGGUGCAGAUGGUGCCCAUCAGCUGGUGCGAGAUGCAGUGCCCGCGAACGCACACCAAGGACUUCCGUAAGGUGGCCCGCGUGCAGCCCCAGUUCCUGCAGACCUAGCAGCCCCCAAGGGGGUGCGGGGACCCUGUAGGGUGAGGGGCUGCCGGGCUGGGGUCUGUGGGGCCAGAGCAGACCCUGGGCUCCAGCUUCCUCCACGCAUGCAAGAGGCUGGAACAGCUGCAUGGGUUUUCACUGGCAGGAUGGAUUUUCUAUAUGUGGAUAAUAAAUAUUUU